GAGAUGUAUUUUUUUGUUUGUUCUGCUCUUAUUUUUGCAGCCCAAUGCCGUUGUAAUGCGUAUCAGUGCCAGUGAUCUCGACGAUGGAAAUAAUAGAAUUGUCGCUUAUGAAAUAUUACCGGAACGUGAUUAUCUGUAUUUUCGUAUUGAUAAAGCGGCCGGCAUUAUUUACCUUAAUCGUUCCAUUGAUAAACGACCAGGCCAGCAUUAUACUAUAACUGUAAGAGCUUAUAAUAUAGUUCCUGAUCCACCGCAAGAUGCCCAGAUUGAGGUUAGAAUACGCGUAGUCGAGUCGUCUAAGAAACCGCCAUCAUUUAUUGAUCCCAUCGAUGAUCCUAUCUAUUUGAAGGAGGAUUUUAAAGAUUUUUCAACACCCAUUGUUACAUUAAAUGCGGUUUCGAAUGUUCCGAAUAAACCCGAAGUGAUAUUUGAAUUAAUAACGGGUCGUACCGAACAAACUAAUAGCAAGAAAACAUUUGUCUUCAAUCAAAUUGGCAAUACCGUUACCAUAAGUCUGGGAAAAACUUUGGAUUAUGAAUCGGUUACGGAUUAUACGUUGACAAUGAGCGCGCGAAACACUUUCGAUUUAGGCACAGAUCAUGUAAUCAAGAUAAAGAUCGAAGAUGUUAACGAUAAUAUUCCCUAUUUUACUGAAGUUAAAACUGGAACCAUAUUGGAAAACGAGCCGGCUGGUACACCUGUUAUGCAGGUGCGUGCCUUCGAUAUGGAUGGCACCGAAGCCAAUAAUAUUGUAUCUUUCGAAUUGGCCGAUAAUCGAGAAUAUUUCGCUAUUGACUCGCAUACGGGGAACAUUACCGCUCUCACGACAUUCGAUCGAGAAGAAAGGGAUUUUUACAAUGUUAAGGUCAUAGCCAGCGAUAACUCGCCAUCGAGUCUCUAUAAUAAUGGUGAACCUAAUCGCGGUCGUCAAGUCUUUCAUAUUGCCAUAGCAGACAAGAACGAUCAUAAACCGCAUUUUCAAAUAUCUGAAUACGUGGCCGAUAAAUUGCUCGAAGAUGCUGAAAUCAAUUUUGAAGUUAUUGAGGUAACGGCAGAGGAUGAGGACAAUGCCUCGCAAAUCAAAUAUACUAUAGAGAAUGGCAAUGUGGGCAACGCUUUUAAAAUUGAAGAACAAACCGGUAAAAUUACCGUUAAUUCUCGUUUAGAUUAUGAAAAUAUCACCGAGUAUGUAUUAAAAAUUCGAGCAUUUGAUGGCAUUUUUGAUGAUUACGCCAGUGUUACGAUUAAAAUUCAAGAUGUCAACGACAAUAAUCCUGUUUUCAAGGAAGUUUACACUAAAACGAUACCGGAGGAAACGAUAUUCGAAAGUUGCAUCUUGAAUAUCGAAGCCUACGAUCCUGAUAUUAAAGAUCGUACAGCCGAUCAGCAUAUUAAAUAUUUUGUGGUUAAGGAGGAGCAUAAAAAGUUGUUGAGCAUUGAUGAUAAAGGUUGUUUAAGAUUAAUACAACCAUUGGAUAGGGAUUUGCCGUACGGUCAUAAGAGUUGGCAAGUUUUAAUAGCUGCUGUCGAUGAAGACGGCACCGGUGAAAAAACCGCAGCUCCCGUUACUAUUAAUCUCCAAGAUAUCAACGACAACGCUCCAUUCUUGAUUAAUAAAAUGCCAGUGAUAUGGCAAGAGAAUCGCAAUCCCGGUCAAGUUGUGCAAUUGCAAGCUAACGAUUAUGACGAGCCUCAGAACGGCCCUCCCUACACAUAUGGUAUUGAUAGUGAAUCGUCUGCCGACAUUAAGACUAAGUUUAGUAUAGACAAUGAUUAUCUUUUCGCCAAUGUUCAAUUCGAUCGGGAAGAGCAAAAGGAAUAUUUUAUACGUAUACGGAUCACUGAUUCUGGUCAGCCACGUCAAAGUUCGGUUAGCAUUCUUCAUUUGAUAAUUGGUGACGUGAACGAUAAUGCAAUGUCGGAGGGCUCGUCGCGCAUUACUUUCUAUAAUUACAAAGGGGAAGCUUUAGAUACUGAAAUUGGUCGCGUUUUUGUCGACGAUUUAGAUGAUUGGGAUUUGGAUGAUAAGACAUUUGCUUGGUCUCAGGGUAUACCACACGAUUACUUCCAUUUAAAUCCUAGCUCUGGUACAAUUACUAUUCUGGAAGGAACGCCCGAAGGUGAAUACUCUCUGCAGUUUGUAGUAACCGAAGAAUCGACAUUUAUACCACGGCAUUCGGUUGACGCCGAUGUAACGGUGGUUGUAUACGUAUUGCCCGAAGAAGCCGUAGACAAAAGUGGCAGUAUACGUUUCUAUAAUGUAACCAAAGAAGAUUUUAUCAGUAUACCGAGAUACGCUCAAGGCAAUAAUGCUUUGUCGUUGAAAGAUCGCUUGCAGUUUUAUUUAUCUAAACUUUUUAAUACUUCGGUAGCCAACGUUGAUGUCUUUACAGUAUUACAAAAUGCAAAUAAUACUUUGGAUGUUCGUUACUCCGCCCAUGGUUCGCCUUAUUACGCUCCGGAGAAAUUAAAUGGUAUAGUUGCGCAACAUCAACAAGACUUGGAGAAUGAAUUGGGCCUAAAAAUUCUAAUGGUCAACAUCGAUGAGUGCCUUAUAGAGAAAUACAAAUGUGAAUUGUCGUGCAUGAAUAUGUUGCAUAAAUCCUCAGUGCCUUAUACGAUCUAUUCGAAUACUACCUCAUUUGUGGGAGUGCAUGCGUUCAUUGAAGCUCAAUGCGUGUGUGAAGUGAAGACCAGAAGCGAGUGCCUGCAUGGUGGCACCUUGAAAUUGGGAGAAGAUGACACCUGCGAAUGUAUCGAAGGUUUUACCGGACCUCAUUGUGAACUAGUGUCCGUAGGCUUCUAUGGUAACGGUUAUGCAUUUUACGAGCCUAUUGCCGCCUGUGAUAAUACGAAUAUUAGUUUGGAAAUAGCACCACAAACGGAUUAUGGAUUGAUAAUGUAUCUCGGACCAUUAAAUUUUAAUCCCCUGCUACCCUUAACAGACUUUCUAUCCUUAGAAUUAAUUAAAGGAUAUCCAGUAUUGACCGUAGAUUAUGGUUCGGGUAGUGUACGUAUCGAACAUCAGCAUAUCCAGUUGCAAGUGGGUAGAGCUUAUCAGUUGGAUGUUGUGUUGCAGAAGUCAAGCAUUGAAAUGACUGUUGAUAAUUGCCGUCUGUCUACGUGCAUGAGCUUGGGCGCUCCACAGGGUCCCAAUGAGUUCUUAAAUGUAAAUGCUCCAUUGCAGCUGGGAGGGACACCUGUGGAUUUAGUUCGUUUAGGUCAUCAGCUAAAUUGGACUUAUAUACCCGGUCAACAGGGAUUCUUUGGUUGCAUACGCAAUCUCGUGAUUAAUAAUCACACUUAUAAUCUGGGAGCUCCGGCAGUCUCUCGUCACAUUGACUCGGGUUGCCAAAGAGCGGUAGCGGUGGCGGUCAGUUUUGGAAUUGAUCGGAACUUUAUUAUAGCUAUUAUUACUUGCAUAGCCUUAUUAUUGAUUAUACUGCUGGCGGUGGUUGUGCAGAAGAAACAAAAGAACGGUUGGCACGAAAAAGACAUUGACGAUAUACGAGAAACUAUUAUUAAUUAUGAGGACGAAGGUGGCGGUGAACGUGACACAGAUUACGAUUUGAAUGUGUUGCGCACUACUCAGCCGUAUUAUCGUGAAACGUUGUACAAAGAUCCGCAUACUCUGCACGCUGGCAAUCCGCCGGCUGAAAUACCGGAUAUUGGAGGUUUUCUCGGCGACAAGAAGGAGAAUUGCGACAGAGAGAUAGGUUCGUUCCCCAUCGACGACGUACGACAUUACGCUUAUGAAGGUGACGGCAACUCUGACGGUAGCUUAUCGAGUUUAGCUUCGUGUACUGAUGAUGGCGAUCUCAAUUUCGAAUGUUUAUCCGAUUUUGGUCCUCGUUUCCGUAAAUUGGCGGAUAUGUAUGGUGAGGAACCUUCCGACACAGAUUCUGAUUUUUUUGUCUCGAACACAUAUUUAAUUUAUGGAAAGAAUGAUGUUUGACUUUAUGAACUAAAUGAAUUAAGGUUUUUUUUUUUUUUUUUUUUUUUUUUUGAUUACUAAUUACAAUUACGAAAACAAAGUGAUUUUUAUUUAAAUAUUAAAAGAGAAAAAAUUUAUGUUUAAAUAAUCAAUGAAUCGAAUGUUUACGAUUUCUUUCAAGAGAGAAUGAAUUAUUGUAUGAAAUUGAAUCGUUUUCAAUAUGUAAAAUAAGCAAGAAGCAUUUAAAAACAUUCUUUAUAUGAAUAAGUCUUUUUUUAUUAUUA